UUUAGUCUCAUAACAAACGAUUCCUGGAAUAUCCAUGUUCUCUCUAAAUGCCUUCAUAAAAGUGAAUGCUCGCAUCAGAUCUCCAGCGCGGGAUUUUUUCGUUAUCUAUCAACAUUAUUGGGUUAUACUCUGUUGUCUGUGGAUAUUUUUUUCUGAAAAUAUUUUACAAGGAUUAAUUGUCAGACUGUGACGUUUAAAUGGUAAAACUGAAAAUCAUCUUGCCAUUUGCAAAUAAUGAUAUAUCAUUGCAGAUAUGAAACGCUCAAAGAAAGCAGAGAUUGUGCGAAUAAUAGAUUAACAAUAAUUAGACGAACACGUGCAUCUGCAAAACAGUUUUGUUAAUAAAUAGGUAAGAUUAAACUGGAAAUAUUAUUCCACGAGCAUUACGACUUAAAACGCUGUGAAGGAUCUGUUACAUCAAAAUAUAUUUUAAAAUAAAAUGUGAUAAACAAAUGAAAUUCUAAACAAUACGAUACAUAGUUUCGAAGAAAAUGAAUCGUGGUCGGAAACUUGGCGACGUUAAACGGAUGUCUGUCAACGGUGGGUCAGAAGCGCAGGAGGACACAACAUUCUCGUGCCUGGCCCAAUUUAACGGUCCCGAGACCGCCCUUGACAUUGACCCCGGCGCCGAAAACAUUUGUACAAACUUCGCAAACACCGAAAUAUACCGUCAGUUGCGUCCACUGCUAGUAUGCAUGAGGCUGUUCGGACUGUUCUUCAGGCGUACGAUUGACACCAAGGGCCGCCCGUACAUGGAAUCUGUGGUGAUGUACUGUUUUAUAGUGAACUUCUUGAACGUUCUGAAUGUGAUACGGUCUUUCACUGUGUACAGUUCAUCCGACGAGUUUGAUAGCGUGAUGGUUCAGAAGCUACUGUUCACAAUCUGGAGCUCCGAGUGCGCCUUUAAGGGGUUGCUCAUGAUGUGGAACUGCUACAAGCAGGACGGAUUUCCCAAGUUCUUCCUAGAAUGGGACGCCGUGUGUGGCAAUGUCAAACUCAGCAAAGUAUGCAUGUUCAUGAUGAAGAAAUACAUAUUUCUCUCCUUUAUCUUCAUCGGUGUAAAUUCAAUUGUUUUCACGUUGACACUUAUUUACGUACCCAUGUUGGAAACUAUCUAUUUAGAAGUGGUCUGGAAAAAUGCAUUGGAAUUCAAGAAUAAUCUGCAUUUCAAAAUGAUACUAACUUUUCUGGCAGUGUUAAAUUCAUCUUCAUCAAUGUUUCCGAUGUCUUUGUUUGUCGUUCUUUCAUUUGCCAUCGGCAGAAGACUCAAGAAAUACACAGAUGAAUUAGUGCUUGCAAUGUCGUUUGAAGGUUUCACUGAGAAACUAGAGGAUUUCAGAAUCCGCCAUCAAAAUUUGUGUAAAAUCGUGCACAUUUUGGACAGCAUUUUUGCACCCAUGCUGGCGGCGGUAUACAUCGCGAACAUUCCCAUGUUUUGUCUGGUCCUGUACACUAUGGUGACCACUCUGGACCUCCACCUGUCCAUCCUUCUGAUAAACCUUUUCUGGUUGAGUUUCAUACUACUGCAGAUGACCAUCGUGUCGAUAACGGCGGCCUGGGUCAAUGUACAGGCACACUCGCCACUGGAGCAUAUCUACACCAUCCGGUUCUCUGGGUCAUCCAACGACACCCAGCUACAGAUGUUCAUGUUCCUGAAUCGACUGACGGGGACGCAGGUUGGGCUGUCCGCCAUGAAACUGUUCGUCGUCGACAAACCUACCAUACUCACAAUUGCCGGUAUGAUGAUCACGUAUUUCGUACUGUUGAUACAAUUCAAAAUGCCUGUGGACACGAACUGCGCAUGUCACGUGAAUGGAACCAUCGUCAUGGACAACAGCACGUUGCUCAUCUCACAGAUGUCGAACACGUGAUAUACCCGUGACAACAGAUGCAACGUUAUGUUAAGUUUGUGAUAUAAUAAGUCAAGGACUGUUUUAAUUUAUACAGUACUCUUGUAUACAUCAGACUCUAGCGGCUGGGUUUUGUCGUAAUAUUUGUUUUUGUUUAUUGUCUUUUAACAAGGAUGGAUCCAGUUAUAUUCAAAAAUCUGUCGACAGUGGAUGGUGAACAUUGUUAUGUAAACUAUGCCGUGUUUAGCAACAACAAUCAUUUGUAAGAAGAUGUUGUACUGAAUGUACUGAAUUUAAUUAA